UGGGCCUCUUUGAAAUGCAAGUAUUUAUUGCCAAAAAAAAAAUCCUUUUCUGGGACUAGUGUGUAAGGGCUUAAUGUAUGUAGACUUCUAAUUUCUACCUUAACCAUUUGCCCUUCUUGGGAAUCAAGAUUUGAGUGGAAGAUGGCAAUGCUGACUUGCCUUCAUGGCUGGUUUAGUACUUCUCUUAGGAGCACCUUGUAAAUCUGAAUGUUUGUUAGCAUUAGUCCAGUUUUUAGGAAGUUCUUGGAAUGAUGAUGUAUAAAUUGUGUGAGAAUUCGGGGAUUUUAAUGGUCAUUUAACUUCUUCCAUGUACUUAACACCGGGACUGAAGCAGUAGACUCAUCUUGAAGUGCUCAUACUAGGCGAGUGAUUUACAAGACUCUUUGUGCCAGUUCACUGCUACCAACGUUAAUCAAAUCUUUCGAUGGACCACAUGCAACAUUAACCUUUUGGAGGUCUUGUUUACUGUUGCAGCUAAAGGGAAUCAGAAUGCCUCUCAAUGACGACCAGAACAGUGAUUCAGACUCUUCACGCCUCUCGGAAAGCACAGCAGCUUCCAGCGACUCGGAAUAUUCGAGGCAGAGCUUUAACAGUGAUUCUUCCAGCAAACCCAGUUCCCCAGCGUCAGCAAGCCCUCCCAAGGUUAUUACAUUUGAUGAACUGAUGGCAGCUACAAGAAAUUUGUCAAACUGGACUCUAGCUCAUGAAAUUGCUGUAAAUGCAAAUUUUUGCAUAAAACAUGAAGACUUCCCACAAAACAGCUUUGCAGGCACGGUGAAACAAAUUGUACACAAGGCAUUUUGGGAUCAUUUGGAAUCAGAACUGAACGAAGAUCCUCCAGAAUAUGAACAUGCUAUCAAGCUCUUUGAGGAAAUUAAGGAGAUUCUUCUCUCCUUCCUGACUCCUGGAGCAAACAGGAUUCACAAUCAAAUUUGUGAAGUUCUAGAUACGGAUCUUAUAAGACAGCAGGCAGAACACAAUGCUGUUGAUAUUCCUGGUCUAGCCAACUAUAUCAUCAACACUAUGGGAAAGUUGUGUGCUCCAGUAAGAGACAACGAUAUAAAACAGUUAAAGGCAACUGACAAUAUCGUAGAAUUACUGAGACAAAUAUUCCAUGUUUUGGAUCUGAUGAAAGUGGAUAUGGCAAACUACACAAUUAAAAGCCUUAGGCCAUACCUCUGGCAUAAUUUGGUGGACUACGAAAGAACAAAAUUCCAGGAAAUUCUUGAAGAAACACCAAGUGCCCUGAAUCUCACAACAGAAUGGAUAAAGGAAUCUAUAGAAGAUGAAUUGUCGUCUAUUUCUGAUGAGUCUUCAUCGUCCCCUGGUGCUGACAGUAGUUCAAAACCAAUUAUUAGUCCUACACUGGUGCUAAACAACGGCUACUUGAAACUGUUACAGUGGGAUUAUUGCAAAACAAUUCCAGAGACUCUAAUAACAGAUGAAGUUCGUCUUCAGGAGUUGAGAGAAAAGCUCAAUCAAUUAAAAAUCAUAGCCUGUAUUUCUCUCAUAACAAACAAUAUGGUGGGUGCAGCAAUUGUAGAUGUGCCUGAUUUUGCAGACCAGCUGAAAAGGAUCUCUGUUCCUCUUCUUGAAGGCAUGAACAAGAAAUCUUUUGAUUUGAAGGAGGCUCUGAAUGCUAUUGGUGUCCAGAUUUGCAGCAAAGUGAACAAGUCUCUAACUGAAAGAGGUCUUCCCACUCUUAGUGAGGAAAUGCAGAGUAAUUUAAUGGGUCAAAUCGCUCAUAUUGUUGAGAAGAAUAAUCCUGUCUGUUCCUUGAUUGACAAACGAAUCCAGCUCUUCUUGAGAAGCUUGCUUGCUCUUCCAGGUGUCCAGAAGUGUAUGCCUACUAUGCCAGGAGGCCUUUCUGUAAUUCAGACAGAGAUGGAGUUUGUUGGAUCUCAGUAUGCAAGCAUUGUAAACUUCAAUAAAAAAGUGUAUGGACCAUUCUAUGCAAACAUACUUAGAAAACUACUUUUUCCUGAGGCACCAAUAGAGAAAGCAGAAGCAGAAACAGCUGGCAAUUAAAAAAUGUACCCUUUUUUUAUUUUCCAAGACAGUGGGGAAGUCAGAUCUCUAAGAACAGCCUACGCCGGUGACUGUUGAUGAAAAAGGUUUUGUAAAAUGUAUACAGAUAGUUUCUGAGAUUCACUGUAAAAAAAUUAAUUUCAAGGUCAUAUAUAUAUAUAUUUUAAGAGAAAAAAGUUUGUUUAAUGGAUUGUCACUUGUAAUAACCAGCGAAUUAUUAAUUUUCAUGGCAAACAUUUAUUAGGAUUUGCAGUGGGAAAAAGCUGGCAAAGUACUUACUGUUUUGCCACCAAUAAAACAAUGUUAUUUUUCAACUCAAAUAUAUUUACAUAUAGCAGUGCAUAUUAUGCAAUGACAAAACAACUGUAGAUAAAAUGUACUGUGCUUACAUUGUAUUUUUGUAGAGUAACAUCAAAGACAACAAUUAUGUUUCUGAAAAUACUUCAAAGAAGAAAGUAUAGCAUAACUGCUUCAACCAAACCCAGGUUCAUACUAGGGCAAGUUUGGGUACUCCUGCAGUUACUGGAACCAGAACUUUGCCUCUGUUACAUUGAGGAAUGCCAGUGUUAUAAGCUGUUUGCAGUAUAGCAGUUACAGAAGCAGCAUUCACCACUUCAAGUAGGAAUCAUUGAGAACUUCUCAACUGUAAUUGAGGUAAAUGAUAAACACAUAAGAAACAUGAUGUUGGGGGGUGGAGUAAAUUUCUGUAUAUAAUGUUUAUAAGCAUUUUGUUUAUUCAGUGGAGGUCAUACAGAUCUUUAAUAUGUGUAUGUACUGACCUUUGAUCUUAAUGGAUGGGUAUUAAGUAUUUUUAAGUUAGGUCUUUCUGACCUUUAUUCCCAGAAGCACUUAAGGCUGACCUUACAAUGUACCACAGAGCACCUCCCCCUUUUAUGCCCUCAUCCAACAGAAUAUUAGUCUUUCACAACAGAUUCUUAGGUCUGAAAGCAAGAACCCAAAUAAAUAGUCAUUCUUGAAAAUGUGAUUAGAUUCACUUUUAUGGAGUCUCUGAGAAAUGCUGCUGUUUUCUUCAAAUUCCUUUGGAAUAGGCCCCAAUACUUAGUUCCCAUUUAAGGCAUUGGGAAUCUUGCAUACAGAAAAUUAAUAGGCUUGAAAUCGAGAAAUGUGGAAGUGAACUUCUCCAAGUUUACACAGGCUUUAUUUUGCAUAUUUCAGAUUACUGGGAUUAGACACUGCUGGAAUACAUAAUAUAGACAUGUUCUUGUCUAUGAAAUUGAAUAAUUUACUUGAAAAUGAUAUUUUAAUAUAUUACCAUAUAAUAGUCCUUUUAAGAUGUCAUAUAUAAAAAACCUCAGUGUGGUACAGGUUAUAGCUUGUUUUUAAUAUUUUAUAUUACAAUCUAUUUUUUAUGAAGAGACAAAAAAAUAACCUGUAAAAGCUUAAUGUGUCACACAGAUUGUAUGUGUACAUUACUAUGUCUAUCAUAGAGGUCUAAAAAAAACUGGGCAUUAUUAGCACUGUGGUUUUGUAGUCUGUUUUUACAGGAUUCUGUACCCUUUAUAGUAAGGGAAAUUAAUUCUAGUCAGUUGUUUCUCAGUGUCCAAGGACUUUGGUCACAUGUACAUGAUAUGGAAAACUUUCUUCAAAAUGCCUUUUUAGAAAAAUUUCACUAGUGCACUUCUGUUCUAACCCUUGUAAAAACAUUGCACAAAAUAAAGAUGAAUACAUAUUUUAAAGGGAACUGUCUCCUGGAAAACCUGAGAGAAAGGAACUCUUAGAAUAUAAUAAUUGUGCCACUAGUUAAGUCAGGCUUGCUCACAUGAAUAUGGAAUUUUGAUAUGCAAUUCACGAUCAUCAAGAGAAAAAUGCAUUUCAAAAGCAGUUAGGGGGAAUUAAAUCUUAGCGAUUUGCUACAUCUUGAGAAAUACCUAAAUGAUUCUGAGCUUAGUCAAAAGAGGAUUUUGUAACAUUUGAAGAUGAUUGCUAAUGCGAUUAUGAACUUUUUAUCAUAAUACUUCAUAUACAUUGUAUUGUACAAAUUAAUAUAAAACUAUAGAUCUUUAAGGAACUGGGAAAGCUGUCGUACUAGUUUUUACCAGUAAAUACUCAAAAAGUAGGGUUCAUCUGUGGGUUUUGGUGAAUAAGAUAACUUGCAAAGGGCAUUUUAUAGCAUGGCCUAUGUUUCAAGUGAUUGUUUAAUGUUUUUUAAUGUUUCAAACAUGGACAUUGCAUCUGUUUAAUGUCAUAUGUUGCAUGCUGUUUAUGCUGCUGUGGCUGAAAUGCACUUGCCUCUGCUCUGAAGUUGUUCUUGUGAAACAAGAUGCCAUUCUGUAGCAGCUUUCUUUGUUAAAAAAACAAAUAUUUGAGGGUUUGGAUGCAUUAAAUUUUGUUUGUGAUACCA